AUGUUGGCUGUCAUUUUGUUUUUAUUAAGCUCAUUUUGUAUCGAUCAUACUUAUCAAGAUCGAUCAAUCGCUCAAUUAACUGAUUUUGGUUAUGUAUUUUCACCACUUGACAAUACAAUAACUCCUUUUCUUCAACUUACUCAAAAAUCUAUUCUUCGUUGUCAUACGGAAUGUAAUAAAAGAAUUUCAUGUCGAAUAUUUGAUUUCGAUCAAGAUACAGGUAAUUGUCAAUUAUGGUCUGAUGAUUUAACAACCGGUAUGAUUUCUUUUGUUGGAUCAUUAAAACCACGAUCGAAAGUAGGAAUUAUUCAAAUAACAUCGGAUAUUUAUCGUUCUAUUCAUGAUAAAUCAUGUGAUAAAUGUCUAUACAGUCGUUAUGAACAAUGUGAUCCAAUAUUAAUGACUUGUCAAUGUCCUUCAAAAACAUUUUGGAAUGGAAAUAUAUGUGCACCUCAACGAUAUACGAAUCAAUCAUGUACAACAAUAGAUAGUUGUCGAGGAGAUCUUCGAUUGGAAUGUAAGGAUGUUGAUUGUAAUUCGAUUCAGAAAUGUUCAAAUCAAACAAAUGGUAGUGGUGUGACAGUUGCUGGCUUUUGUAAUGCGACAGUCGGUAGUGGUCCUGAAGGUUUGUCAGGUCCAUGGGGUCUUUAUGUGACAUCGAAUAAUACUCUUUAUGUUAAUGAUUAUGAUACUGGUCGCGUACAAGCUUAUUCAUCAAUGUCUCGUUCAGGAAUAACAAUUGCAAAAUUAAGUACAGUUCUUGAUGACAUAUUUGUUGAUACAAGGGGAUACGUUUAUAUAAUUGCUGUAAAUAUGGGCACUAUAUUUAUUUCUCCCCAAAACAUUACUCUACCAAUCUCGAUUACAUAUCCUUGUACUCUCUCUUCAAUUUAUAAGCCUUAUGGCAUUGCAGUUGAUAAAGAUGGGAAUAUUUAUAUAUCUGAUUAUAUGUGUCAUGCAGUAACAAAAUGGGCACCGAAUGCAACUACAAGUAUAAUUGUAGGUGGACAACUUAAUGUAGCAGGUAGUAAUAGUCAAUUACUCAACGGUCCAAAAUUUAUUGCUCUCGAUGAAAUCCAUUCAACUCUUUAUGUUGUUGAUUAUAACAAUCAUCGUGUACAAAAAUUUAUACUUGGAGGUAAUGGAAUAGGUAUUACUGUUGCUGGUGGUAAUGGACUUGGUACUGGUUUAAAUCAACUGAACUAUCCAGCAGGAGUAUGUGCAUCACUCAAAGAUCAAUCAAUUUAUAUAGGUGAUCAAAAUAAUCAUCGUGUAAUGAAAUGGAAAAUGAAUGCAACACAAGGUUCGAUUAUUGCUGGUAGUACGGGUGUAUCAGGUAGUACAGCUUUGCUCCUGAAUACACCAGGUGAUGUUGCUCUUGAUCCUAGUGAAGCAUUUAUCUACGUGGCUGACUACGCUAAUCAUCGUGUACAACGUUUUCUGUUAUAA